AUGCUGAGACUUCUGAUUCUUGGGUUUCUCGCUGGCAUUUUGAUGGAGUCUUGCGAAGCUGGGGGUGGCCAUGGAGGGCACGACCACGUAAUAAUUCACGUGCCGUACCACAUAAAGACGCUAAAGCAUACUCACACGAUAACAAAACAUAUCCACCAUAAAUCAGGCGGCGGAGAUCAUUACGAAGUGCUUGGAUAUACAGUGGGUCAUCCAAUUGAUCUUGGAGGUCAUGGAGGAGGUCACGGCUUCUCCGGAGGACACGGGGGGGAUUGGUCAGGUGGCAACGAAAUUGGAGGGCAUCAUUUUGAGGGAGAGUACGGUGGAGGUGAAGAGCACGGUGGAUAUUGA